UCAAUACAACACAAAAACACACAUACAAAAACACACACACAACAACACAAGUAUCAAAUUUAAGAUAUGAAGUGUUUUCCAACAGGGUGGAACGUUCCUGCAAAGGUUUGUGAAUCAUGCAAAACAGCCGUUGCGUUGCUGUUCUGCCGGAAGGAUACGGUGUUCCUCUGUCUCGCGUGUGACGUGAAGUUACACAGCCACACGCGUCAUGAGCGCGUGUGGAUGUGUGAAGUAUGUGAGCAGGCUCCGGCGUCUGUCACAUGUAAGGCAGACGCCGCAGCCUUAUGCGUCACAUGUGACCGAGAUAUACAUUCGGCGAAUCCGCUUUCUCGCCGGCACGACCGGGUCCCGGUCGUCCCGUUCUACGAUUGCGCGGAGUUUGUUAAAUCCUCGGUUCCUUGUACUUUUCUUGAACCGAGUACUGGUACUGGUACCGAUGAUUUGCAAAGCUCUUUAACAAAUGAUGAUGUUAAUUGGGGAAUUCCCGCGGAAACGAUUAAUUUCGAUGUGAAAUAUCCCGAUACAUCGCCCGAAGAGAUGAAAUCGAUAGAUUUGUUGUUUCCGGAACCGGAUCAUCUUCUGGAUUUCGAUUUUCCGGUUCCGACAGACGUUAAGGGGCUGCAAAAUCACUUCAAUAAUUCCGUUAACGAUAGUGUAGUUCCGUUUCAGUUAUCGCCGCCCGGGAGCAAGUUUUUACCGCCGGAAAUUGUCGAAAAUCGCAAUAAGUGUUACGAGAUCGAUUUCACUAGAUCUAAUAUCAAUUCGUACAACAAAAAUGGUUAUGUAUCGCAAUCGCUCAAUCACAGUGUAUCGUCGUCUUCAAUCGAAGCGGGAAUCGUACCGGACGGUAAAUCCGUAUCCGAAAUAUCGCAUCCAUUCGUGCUACAAAUGAACGACGGAGGCGAAAUGAACGGAAUCGCAACAACCGGAGCUCAACAACCUACACAAUUAUCCGGUAUAGACCGAGAAGCUAGGGUUAUGAGGUACCGAGAGAAGCGAAAGAACCGAAAGUUCGAGAAAACUAUUCGAUACGCCUCACGAAAGGCGUACGCCGAAACACGGCCACGGAUCAAAGGCCGGUUUGCGAAACGGACGGAUUCCGCCGAGUCGGAUGUGGACCGGUGGUUGUUCACGGCGGCGUCGGGUAUUACCUCCAAAAGUGGUUAUGGUGUGGAGGUGGAAUACGGUGUCGUUCCGUCGUAUUGCCGGGAGGUUUGAUGUAAUUCCGGUGAUGAUUUGCAUGACGUGUAUAAUUAGUUUUUUUUUUUUUUUUUUUGUUUUGAUUUUCUGGUGGAAUUAAAUAAUUAGAUGAGGAUUAAAUCUGACCAUUGAUCACCUCCAAAGGGCAACUGUUUUUGGUUGUAAAGAGGUGAAAGUCAAAGUUAUGUGAAGUCAAAGGUUGACCGUUUAUAACAUGUAAUGAAAGUUUGGGUCACCUAGAAUCAUCUUGGUAUUAACUCCGGGUUAUGUUAUAUAAAUGGAAAGGUUCAAGGUUGAAUUGUUGAAAA